UAUUCAAAAAUACUAAAACAUAAUGGAUAUCUCCUCCUUAUCCGAAACAAAUUUCAACUCCACCGAUUGGAUAAAUACAAAUUUUCGCAAUUUCGAAGGCAAAGACAAAAACAUCUUCAUUUCAUCUUUUGUCUCCAAACUCCAACUUUAUGUCCAACAAGUCAAUUUUGCUGUCGAAGACACUAGUCAGCAAUUGAUUGGGAAUCUCCCUCGAAUCAUAAAAGAUGUAAAAAAUCUCCACUCCGAUGUUGAGUCACUCCAACAAAGAAUGGGUCAAGUCCGAUCAGAAGUUCAAGCUGUUCAAGAAGAAACCGGUGAUUGUAUGGAAUCUUUAGAGAAACUCAAUAGACUCCAAACUAAAUUACAAGUUGUUAAAGAGAGUCUACAAGAAUCCGAUGGUUGGGGUAAUCUUAUUUCUGAAUUAGAAGACAGUUUCGAAAGAAACGACUUAAUGUCAGUUUGCGAGAAACUAGUCUCACUUCAGAAGUCCCUCGUGGCACAGGAAAAACUUGCCGGGCACUCUGAACGUGUCAGUCAAGUUGAAGACUUUAAAAAUCGCCUGGAAGCUUUGGCUAGUCCAAGUGUUGUCCAGGCAUUUUCUAUGUCCGAUCUGACAAACUCUCAAAAGUAUGUUAAGAUCUUUGAAGGAAUCUCGAGACUUCCUCAACUCAAACAGUACUAUCGUGCUGUCCAAAAGACAUCACUUCAACAACAAUGGAAAGAGACUAUUGAAUUGGCAGACAAUUCUAAUAAUUUCCUUUUGAACUUUUAUGAAUAUUUGGCUGAAAAUUGCCAAAAACAAGUCAAAUGGUGUGAACAAGUUUUUGGAGAAUCCUCCAAAGACCAACCGUUCCUUAUUCUUACCGAAGUCCUUCCUGUCCUUCAACCAUCUCGAGAUACCCAAAUCCUUCAGAUUCUCAAGAAUUCCAAUGAAAAACUGGAAAUUCUAGAGAAAUUUGCAAAUGCCAAUAAAACCUUUGUCAAUCAGCUGAAUUCACUGCUUAAUAACAAUGCAGUUCCAUUAUCCAAAGAUCAAACAAUCGCUUUGUCUGAGUCGGUAUUUGAUUAUUUUCAGAAAUUCAUUCAACAAUAUCCAAGAAUUGAAGAGAGUCAUCUCUUUAAUCAAAUUGAGAAGGUAUCAUUUGGUCAGACAAAUGCUGGGGAUUCUAUCCACCAGCUGGAGAAUUCUAAUAAGAAGAUCUUUGACUGGCAAAAGGAAGCUUGUCAGAGAUGUGAAGUCAUCACUGGGGACCUUAGUCUAUGCAAACUUAUCGGCAUAUUGAAUGGUUUUUUGAGUAAAGUCCUCGAGAACUAUGUUAAAACUCAAAGGCAAUUGAAUCUUAGUAUCCAUUCGGAGCAGAAUUGGACAUUGCUUCAGAAUUGCAUGUCUCUUUUGCAAUGUUUGAGUGAUUUCCAAACCAGAUUGACUAAAUUUGAGAAGUUUUUGUAUGAAAAAAUGGCUAGUUUGGAAGAACAAAUUACAAACUACAAUUCAUCUCAAGAACUAACCAUAUUCUCGAUUUGUGAGAGGUCCGAGUUGAAACGUCUUCUUACCAGCAUUAGAGACUAUCAACAAAAACGUACAGAUCCAUCGGCAAUUGGAUUCUUCCCGUCGAUCUAUGAAGCCCUGAAGGCGAGUUUUAUUGAAACUCACGACAUUAGUUUGACUAUUCUUCUCUCCCCGAUCGAACAGCAAUUGAGGAAUAUUCAACCACAUGAUAAUGCCAAUAAUCCAGCUGGUUUUGAUAUGCCGGCAUUUAGUUUUGCUCCACAAGAGUGUAUCACUCAGAUUGGACAGUAUUUGCUUACUUUGCCACAACAUUUGGAACCACUUUUACUUUCGCCAUCGCCAUUACUUAAAAUUGGAUUGGAAAUGUGUAACAUUAAGUAUUCGCAGAGUAUUCCUUGUGCUGAUGUAUUGCUUUCGCUGGUUGUUGAACAAUGCUGUGUUAUGUAUCAGAGUCAGAUAUUACAAAUUAAGACAUUGCAAGCGGGAGCAGCUAAGCAACUUUCAGUUGAUAUUGAAUAUUUGGGAAAUGUUGUUGAAGAAUUGGGACUAUCCAUUACGUUACAAUUGAGUCAGAUAUUGAAUUUGUUAAAGGCAUCACCAGAAAAUUAUUUAUCAUCGAGUGCUGGAUGUGAACCAAGAUUGGUAACGGCUGUUAGGCAAAUGAGAAAUAUUAUUUCCACAGAGUAGACAUUAGUUUUUAAGUCAAAGCGUGCAAUGCUGUAUUAAUGUUAUUAUAAUUCAAAAUAAAUAUAAAAACCAAUUUAUUAAACUGUAAA